AUGGUCAGAGAUAUACAAGUGUAUGGAUCCGGUUCCCAAGGUGCUGUUUUCUUCAUUAGUAACGGAACAAGCAUCCUUAAGUUUGACUCUCGCUCCAAAUCUGUUGGAAUUGUCUACACCAAGCCUCUUGCUAAAAUCAUUGGCGUUGCGGUGGACACUACGGACAAUGUGCUGUUCUGGUCAGACAUUAGCGCUGAUCAUCGCGGCUUGUACACAGCAGAUCUUGAGGGACAGGAUGCCCGUCUGCUCAUUGCAGAUAUACAGGAAGUCAAUGGACUGACCCUUGACUGGGCAUCCAAUCAUAUUUACUGGACGGACGCCAAACGAAGGACGCUGGAGAUAGCCAAUUACGAUGGUAGCGGUAGGAAAAUCCUUGUGUCCCUUACAAGCAAUGAGGAGCCAAGAGGCAUUGUAGUGGACCCAAUACUAGGAUACCUGUAUUGGGCUGACCAGUGGAAUGGCCGAAUUGAACGUGCGAGACUUAAUGGGAAAGGACGAGAGGUGGUGGUCAACCAGGGUGUAUACUGGUCAAAUCAACUGGCACUCAGCAUGGUGUUCAGAAAGCUGUACUGGGUGGAGGCCACCACCUCAAGUGGCAUCAUGUCAUGUAAUCUUGAUGGCACUGGCAUCAAAAAAGAGCGGGAUCUCUUCAACAUCACCUCAGGAAAUCCUAGCUUUGGACUAGUCGUUAUUGGAAACAAGGCCAUCGUUAGCACCUGGCAUAACAACGCCAUUUUCUCAACUCUGGUUGGAACCCCUGUGUCUCGCUGGAAUACAGAAGUUUCCCACCUAGGCACUGGAAAACUGUAUAGCCUAGCAUCUCUUGACCGCUCAACACAACCUGCAUAUAAUCAUCCCUGUGGUCACAGAGACCGGGGUGGGUGUUCCCACCUUUGCCUACCCUCAGGGUGGGGCACUGCAUACGACUGUAGCUGUCCAUCCUUUUCUGGGCUUGCACUUGACUCUGACAAAGCUACAUGCUCCGAACCGGAUGAAUUGUUACUUUAUACAUUCCAAGCCUUGGGGGAUGUUGGAUUUACAAAUCCAGUCGCUUCAGACAUUCCACAGACCAAUAUCAUGGGCCAAAGCCACAGCCCAAACUCAGUGACGUAUGAUCCUCUUCAGCAGAUGGUGUACUGGAGUAAUCGGGAAGGACCCAGCGCCAUCUACAGGUCUAACUUACAAGGAAAGAACAAGGAAGAGUUCCUCAAGGAGAAGGACGGUCUAGGUUAUGUUGAUGGUCUGGCUUUGGAUUGGAUUGGUCAGUUUCUGUACUUCACCAACAGCGGUCAGUCUCAGACAUUUGCAGGCAGUAUUUUCCCAUGGCACCGUGUUGAAAUGGUCAGCUUGGAUGGACGGGUCAGACGAACAGUUGUCACCGAUGUUCAACAACCAAGGAAGAUUGCAAUUGACCAUCACAAAGGGUUUCUGUAUGUUGUUGAUGGUGGAAAUAAACCCCGCCUCCUCAGGACCAACCUUGAUGGCUCCCAGCCAACAACAUUAAUCGAUGGGAAAUUCUUGACCAAUCCACUGGCUGUUUCCAUAUUUGGUAAUCUUGUUUACCUAGCUGAUGGCACGGCAACCAAAGACAGUUCAGCUCUGAUUUCUUACAACUCUGUUAAUGGCAGUGUCACUACGCUCAUGAAGACAUCUUCAAACAUUUUGGACAUCACCUCAUCACCAACAUCUGUCUACGUUUCCACGUAUGAUGAGGACCAAGAUCAAGGUCAUAUGUAUGUCCUUGAACUUGACACUUUGAAAAAGAGUGAAGUAAACUUUCAAGGUCAUAUUGCCACUGGACUGUCUUACUCCAAGAGAAUUGAAGUCAUUGCACCACAUGAGGACCCAUGUGAGGAGGCUCCCUGUAGCCACAAGUGUAUCCGAGUGACCACAAAGUCUCCUCCAUACAAUUGCAUCUGUCCGGACGGAACUGGUAUGAUGAUGACCAACGAUGGAUCAACUUGCCAGCGUCCAAGGAACUUUAUGCUGGUGGCUGAUUUGAACCUGAUACAGAUGCUGAGUCUGGACCCAGACUCGGAGCCACGCCCCCACACCGUCCACCAUGGCAACUCCCAAAGUGAUAUUCUUUCUGUGGUGUACGAUUCCAUCAACAACACAGUCUACUGGAUUGACAGUGCAAAAAUUUUCUCCAUGACCCUCGGAAAUGUGAAAGAUCCCACUCAGCUUUUGGACAGUGGUCACUUUUCUCUUGGAGGUUUGGCCCUAGACGAGAAAAAACAGCGUCUAUACUGGUCAUCCUAUGACCAGUCACUCAACGGCCGUAUCAUGCGCAUGAAGUUGAAACAUGGGCCAAUAUCUACCAAGGCUAUCGUGACAGUUAACAGGGCUGUACCUAGGACAGUAUUACUGUACCCCAGGCGCAGGUGGAUAUUCUGGACCGAGUAUCCAGAGAGACACAUGUCCGGAGAUCAGGACACCCACGAGGGCUCUAUCCAUCGGGCCCAUACCAGCGGUACCCACCACCACGUCCUAAUUAAACAGGGCCUCAUGUGGCCCAGUUCUCUCGCCAUUUACGACAACAGGCUGUACGCGGCAGCCAUGGGAGGAAGGGUCCUCAGCAUGGACCUUGAUGGUUCCAACAUAGAAGAACUGUAUGUAUUUGAGCCGUUUACAGUAGGAGUAUACGAAAUGUCCUUUUUAUCCAACUACCUUCUGAUGACCAACCUAAAGCGACGGUCAGUCGAUCUACUGGACAUUGAGACCGGCUGGAAUACAACAAUAUCAUCCCAGUUUAGUCGUCCAACCUCACUCUCCUAUUAUCAUCCCACCGAUCUCACAGAGAGUGGAGAAUGUCGGACGGAAAAGAACCACUGUAGUAACAACUGUGUGUCCAUCCCACGGUCACUUUACUGUACAUGUCCAGAACAUCACACUCUCGCACCCGACGCUCUCACCUGUGUAGAAGUGGCUGAACCCUGGGAGGCUGUGGAGGAGGUGAAUUGUCGUGGUCGUUGUGGGGAUAACUCUCAGUGUGCUCGACUCAUACCAACCAUAACCUUUCACUGUCUGUGUAGACCAGGACACCAACCAGACUUCAGACAGUGUUCAGCCUGUCCCAAAAAUUACUACAAGUCCUGGAUGGCUAAUACUACAUGUAGCACCUGUGAGCUGCGCACCACCACACAUGGACAGACUGGAUCCACUUCCUGUUCCUGUAGGAACCGCCAGCCACCACCGCAAAAUGAACCCUGUGAUGACAGCUUGGAGGAGGCUGUGGUUACGGUGAAAGUGCCACCUCCGCCACCUGUCACCUCUCAACCAAAGCCCACGUACAAGGUGUGGCCCAAGGGAAAUCUGGGCAAAGACGACUCAGGCGAGGAACAAAUGCUUGGGGAUCCACGCUUCACUAAUAAAUGGACUCCGUUCAACAAGAAGGGCGCCCUCAACAGAGGUUCACCCUACUUUGAGAACUGCCCCUCCAGGGAAACGCUGACUAUCCAGGUUCCACCAUCCAGGAGCAAGGCCUUCAUACCAGUUACAUGGUCAGCAUAUGACUCACGUGGAAUACAAAUUCCUUACAUCACUAACUACCCAGAGGUCGACGGGAGACUGGUCCUGGAAUGGACAGCUAAUGGAGAGGAUGGCAAGCAUACGGUACUGAUGGAUGCUAAUGAUAUUACAGGACAGAUUACUGUGUGUAAAUUCUACGUCUUAGUUCAAGAUGAAGUACCACCAGUAUUUACCUACUGUCCCCGUGAUCUGUCCGUAAAGUCCGCCAAACAGCAGGAGAGGGUGUUAUGGCAGAAGCCAACGGCUGAAGACAACAUAGGCAUGGGAUCCAUGACCGGAACACACCGAUCAGGAGAAGAGUUUCCCCAGGGGAUGACUAUUGUUAACUUCACAGCUACAGACCAGGCCGGAAACAGGGCCUACUGUAACUUUACAGUACAUGUCUAUGAAGACAAGAAGUCAUGUGAAUUCCCAGAGAUGAACAACGGGCUGUUUGUCUGCAGCACGAACCCAAAGACACACGUGGAGUCCUGUUAUGUUGUCUGUGAGAAGACCUUUGCUGUCAAUCCGUUAGAGCUCUUCAGACAGUCCUAUAGCUGUGACGACACUGAGGUCCUUCAGUCUCUCAAAGAUAUCCUCAAGCACCAGCAGGGCUGUCUGAGUGUUGAAGUACCAUCCGUAGUUACACAAGAGUUUACCAUGUGGUUCAAGGGUCCUUGUGAAUCAGACGACCCUGAUCUGGAGGAUGAACUUUAUCUGUCUGUGAUACAAUACCUAAAAGUACACACGCCCUGCUCCUCUCGCUUCUGUCACUUCAGCAACAUCACCAUCGAGUGUGACUACGAUACCAGUGUGGACCGCAACAGACGCAGCUACAUGGAGAGCUUGCUUUUUAUGGUUCGCUGGAACGUCACCAUUGACAACGGGACGGGUUUUCCCGAGGGACAAGUAAGGUCUAUCCUGCAGGAUAUUAGACUGGAGUUGGAACGCCUCCUGCCCGGUCUUCAGCUCCACCUCGAUGAUCACCAAUACAUGGCCGUCCGUAAAGUUGAAACAUCAGAUCUCAUUUGGAGCUGUCGUCAGGGCGAGAUUUGGAAUCAAGAUGGAUGCGUGGCCUGUCCUCCUGGUUCGCGUUACAUGUCUGGCUCCAAUCCCUACUGUGAUAUAUGUCCUUCCGGAACUUAUCAGCCCUUCGAUAGACAGGAAGAUUGCUUCCCCUGUCAGGACGACCUCAAUUCUAACCCUGGCACCACCGACUCAAAGCAAUGUUUUGAGGUGACUGCUCUGGACCAAAUGAGCAAGUUUAUAAUCAUCACAGCGUGUACAUUUGGAUUCGUGUUUCUUGGGAUGGCCAUUAUCCUGUACUUCCAGUACAAACGCCAACAGAAGAAGUCACGUGGGCACGGGGGUCUAACGGCAGCCGACGCACAAAAAUACGUCCCGCCGAAUCUGUUUGUGCCACCAGCCCCACUGCCGAGGUUGAGUCCGGAGCCUACCCAACGAACGAUCACCAUUUCAAAACCAAAACUCACACCCUGACACCAAGUCAAAGUUAAAGCAGAGUCAUCUUUACAGUAACCAUGACUACGAUGAUAUGCCGUAUACUUCUACAUUGUCCUCCCUUCACAAUGGAUCUGCCAGAACCGUUUACCAAAACGACUUUACAAAUAUGUCUCCACCGGGGAGUCCACGGAUGUUGGGAUCACCCAUGACUGAUCGAGGCAUUAGUUCUCCUAUGACCGAUCGUGUCAUGGGAUCGCCCAUUGGUGAACGGGGUUUAGGCUCACCUGUCACAGACCGAGCUAUUUAUAAUGGAGACUUUAGAAACUUUUCUCCAACGCCACGGACCAAUAGUCUGAGACAUCCAAGGAGCCAGUUUCAUAUGUAUGAAGACUAGUACAAUUGAAGUCGCUUUACACAGGAGUACUUAACACAGGAAGUAGCGAUGCACGUGACUCUUCUAACAGGAAGUAGGAUAACACAGGAGAACUUUACACGGGAAGUAGUGUAACACAGGAGUACUUAACACAGGAAGUGGCGAUAUACAUGACUCUUCUCACAGGAAGUAAUGCAACACAGCAGAACUAAACACAGAAAGUAAUGCAAGAUAGAAGUUAAUAUGACUUGGAUUUAUUACACAAUUUAACGAAAUGCAGGGAUACACUUUACAAAUGUAAACUUGUAUUGUUUACGUUUUUUCUGCUCAAUGUUGAGUUGCGUUGUUAAUGAGGAUAUAUCAAAACCAAUUCAAGAGCAGUCAAUGGAACUUCUCUUUUAUUCGUCUGAAUUCUGUGGAUGACAAUGAAUAUUGCGCCCUCCAAGUGUGACGUGAAAGGGAGAAGUAACUCCUUUUUCGAUUCAUUUUCUGUUUGACAAUAAAUCUUCAUGUGAUGUGAAAAUGGAGGUAUAUGAUGUAACUUCUCUAUGGAUGCACGUGGAUAACAAUGGAUACGGGUCUGUGUAAGCAAACAAGGUACACAACUCCUUAAUACUUUACUUUAGAAAUAAAACCCAAUAACAUGGAUUCAUCAGAUAUGGGUUUUUAGGACGCAAAUCUUCUAUGUACAUGUAUGUUUUAGGUUUGUCCUGUGUAAAGAGACAAAAACGAUAAUAUUCCGUAUCAUUUGUGGCAGGAUGUGUGUCGUUGCGCUGUGUGGUAAACACUAUACCUAAUCUCAAGUUUGUAAAUACCAAGACUUAGUGACAAUCACAGGUGUAACAAAAUUGCUGAUUAUACCAAGAAAUCCAGAAGAUUUUCUUAAAGAAUCAUUCCUGAACAUUUUUGUGUUGUCUUUCUUCUGGUACAUAUCAGUAGAAAUUGCGUACAAUAUAAUGCACAUAUUGUCUUUUAUUGGGAUUUCUUUUUUUUUCAUAUACCCAUGAAAGAAUGUUUCAUGUGAAAUUAAGACGGGAAAAUGUCAUUUUUAUGAAAAUGUUGGGGUUUUGAAUUUUUUUAAAGGAAUUACCUGAACCGUCAAUGUUGAUUUUGUCGAGAGAGCAGUAUACAAAAGAACAAUCUUCCACUCUUCCUGUUCAGUUGGGAGGCAUGGUGUGUAGAAAUCAAGCUGUUGAACAUCAAUUUACUAUUAAAAAUGAA